UCAGGCCGGGAAGCUCCAAUAUGGCGGCAGUAGCGAUCUAGGGCAUCGGCACCCAGAGUAGUGGGAACAUUGCCAUGGCAGCCAGCAAGAAUAUUGUCACCAGUUUCCAAAGGAGGGGUCCUAGAGUCGGCGGUGCGGACACCGGUGGUUCUCGACUGGUGUCCAUCGCGGGCACACGACCGUCGGUGCGGAAUGGACAACUGCUGGUAUCAACCGGGCUUCCAGCCUUGGACCAGCUCUUAGGUGGAGGUUUAGCUGUUGGAACAGUUCUUCUAAUUGAAGAGGAUAAAUACAACACUUACUCUCCUAUGCUCUUCAACUAUUUCUUGGCAGAAGGAAUCAUUAAUGGGCAUACUUUGUUGGUGGCAUCAGCAAAAGAAAAUCCUGCUGACAUUUUACAGAAAUUGCCUGCACCAUUACUUGAUGAUAAUUGUAAAAAAGAAUUUAAUGAAGAUGUAGGCAGUCAUGAAACAUCUGAAUCUGACAUCAAGAUGAAAAUAGCUUGGCGUUACCAGUUAUUACCCAAAAUGAAGGCUGGACCAGUAUCAUCUUCAAGAUUUGGUCACUAUUAUGAUGUGUCAAAAAGGAUACCACAAGAAUUGAUUGAGGCUUCAAAAUGGCAUGGAUUUUUUCUACCAGAAAAAAUGUCCCCAGCUAUUAAAGAAGAAGCCUGUUCUAUGAUCAAUGGCUACAAAAAGCUGCUUCAUUUUAUCCAGAAUGUCAUUUAUGAGGAAGGAUUUGAUGGAUCUAAUCCCCAGACAAAGCAGAGAAACAUUUUAAGAAUAGGAAUCCAGAGCCUUGGUUCUCCAUUGUGGGGAGAUGACAUUUGCUGUACGGAAAACUGUAAGAGUAGUCACUGUCUUAUGAAGUUCCUCUAUGUUCUCCGUGGUCUUCUACGGACCUCUCUUUCAGUGUGUAUCAUCACAGUGCCUACACAUCUUCUCCAGAAUAAAGCAAAUGUUGCUCGUAUGACAAACUUGUCAGAUGUUGUAGUUGGUCUGGAAUCAUUUAUUGGCUCUGAAAGAGAAACUAACCCGUUAUAUAAGGAUUAUCAUGGUUUGAUGCAUAUACGGCAGAUUCCUCGGCUUAAUAACUUGAUUUGUGAUAUAUCAGAUGUCAAAGACUUAGCUUUUAAAUUAAAAAGGAAGCUAUUCACCAUUGAGCGACUGCAUUUGCCUCCAGAUUUGUCAGACACAGUGAGUCGCUCAAGCAAACAGGAUCUGGCAGAAUCCGCGAAGCUGCUGGGCCCAGGCUGUGGCAUGAUGGCCGGAGGCAAGAAGCACCUGGACUUCUAGCGAUUCCUCUUUAGUCAUUGCAUGAAGAAUUAUAUGACACUCUAAUUAUGAUUGCUAAUAGCUUAUAUAAAUAUUUUUCUUAACAAUUUGACCCUCCAAUCCUUGAAUAACACAGGAUUGCAAAUUGAGGCCACGAUUCAUUUUUUAAAACAACUUUUUAUAUAAAGAAACAGUAUAGCAAAAAAAAAUUUUGUUUUUAAAUUGUCUCUGGGGGGAAAAGAUCCCUUUAUUUUUAAAUAAAAUGUCAAAAAUUCAAGAUACCUUACAGUAUUCAUCAGAGUAUGUGUAUUAAGACACUUCAUUCAUAUGAUACAGCAGGUAGCAGAUAAAAGCAUUAUGAAAUUCAAAAUUGUUUUGGAGGGAAUAUAUUUUUAUUUCUGAAAAAGUUAUUUGCCACCAAAAAAUGCUAAGGUUUUUUUCUUAAUAAAAUACUAUUUGAUAAUAGAUGAUGACCUAAUAAAAUGAAUUUACAUUGAUGAAGACAGAAUAAUACUUGGGGGUCAAGACUCCAUAAGGUAGUUAAUAAAUAUAAAGUAUUUGAGACUGUUUCCACCACCGCCCUUGGGAGCUGCCCAGUCUAUAUUCUUUAAAGUGUACUGUCUGUAAUAAAUCCAUCUGUACUUCUA